GUACAAUCAUCCGUGCUCCUGUAUCCCUGUCCCGUCAAUUGUUCCUCCUCGAUAGGUGUUCAUUAUCUUUUUUUCCAUCACUUCUUCUAUCUGUACUGACACAAGGUACACGUAGACAACCAAAAGCAACACUCCUUCCGCAUUUCCUGGCUGGUGUCGCCUAUACUGGUUCUGCCUAAUAUCUUACUCAUUCGUUUCUCACCAUUACACGCGCAUUUCCACACCAAGUGCCACAAUAUCAUUUGCAGCAUUCCAACCCAUUUCGCUCGCUCACAAACGGACACUUGAAAUCAUGUAUAUCUCUACCACGAUGUCGCUCCUUCUCCUCUCUUCUAUACCUGCGGCUCUCGCCUCAACAGAAGUAAAACCUAAGCCGUCGCCGAAGCCAUGCACAAUCCACUCGACAUCCACCGGCUCCUUUUUUGACCUGCGACCUCUGCAGUUGACGCUCGACGGAACAAAAUACCAGACUGCGACGAACGAGUCCUUCCACGCUCGAGGUUAUGAUUAUCCCGCCAACUUCACCUUGAACUUUUGUGGGCCGGUGGUGGAACCUCUCGAUUAUGUCGAAGGCAUAUCUGAGUCAAGAGUCGUGAACGUAUCGGCAUUUUACAAGACCCAAAAAGGCCAUGUCUACAGUAUCGGACAGGAGAACGAUGAGCUUAUAUUCCGGGGCAAGAAACUGCUCCUGAAUUACACCAUGGGCUCACCCUGUCCCGUGCUGGACGAGGACGGUGUCCCGGUCGACUCUGAUGCCGCAACCAGCAAAGCCAACAAGAGGCGCAAGUCUACUCUUCUGUCUUUCAUCUGCGACACUUCCCCGAGUCUCUCUACCAGACCGGCGAUCUCGUUCCUCGGCUCUCCCGACCACUGCACCUACAUUUUCGAAGUUCGCUCAAGAUAUGCUUGCGGUGGUACGAUACAGUCCGAAGAGAAAGGCACACUAGGACCCGGCGCAGUCUUUGGCGUCAUACUCGGCAUUGCAUUGCUCGUCUACCUAAUUGGAGGUAUUGUAUACCAGCGCAACGUGAUGCAUCAAAGAGGAUGGAAACAACUGCCCAACUACAGUGUCUGGGCUGGACUGUUCAGCUUCAUCUCGAGGCCUCGUUUCCUGCAUCACUAUUCUCGACAAGCGUCCACUUCCGGGAAUUUCGACUUCAAAUCCAACUUACCAUGAAUACGCUGACACCAUCUUUACUUCGACAAUCUAGGACAUGUUUGUCAUCCUCUUCUCUUCCUGCACGCAGCGCUUACCAGGUGGAAUCACUCAACUCUUUGCCGGUCGAAGAGGCUACCAUCGUGUCGGAACCGACGAAAGGGUCGGACGAGGACGUACCCCGGACGAUGAGAAUAGAUUAAUCGACCAGCUCGAUGAGGAAUGGGAAGACUAAACCAAAUCGAGAUAAUUUCAUGUUUGGAGCGAAAGGGGUGUGACCAUAAUCAGGCAGCAUUUGCAAUUGCGUUUGCUACAAAAAUCUAUCAAUGUGAUAGUGUGAAGCGAACAUCAUCUAACGCAGAUAUGGGCUUUCAGUCACAAUUUUGGGGAUCAGCUGCACUUAGUGCUGGAAUCCAUUGUGUCCCAGUACUUCUGCCCUCAAUACUCCUCAACCCCCAGAGGUAUGGUCUGGGUACUGAGAGCCGUUGUCACUCCCAAUGCCUCCUCCAGCGACUGACAUAUCGCCAAAAUCCAUACCAUCAAGAGCGGUAUUCCCAAAAUCCUCCAUGCCACCACCAUAGUUUGGAGGCUCGAUGUUGAACGGCAACAACCAAGCCGAAGAGCCUGUGUCCAUCAUGUUGGUUCCACCCGCAAGAGGAUCAUUAUACCCGAACCCGUUCAAGUCCAGCUGCUCCCAUGGAUUUGCAUUGCCGCCAUAUGUGUCCAUAGACGUGGAGUUGUCGUCGAGGUGGCCCAAGCCAGCGGUGGCCUGGUUCGCUGUCUCUGAAGAUGGGUCUACGCCUGAAUAAGCACCAAAGACCAUUUGUCGAUCAAUCGCCGGAAGGGUGUUGAUCCAGUUUAUAUUGAUGUGCGGGAGAUUGUCGAAGCCAAAGGGAUCGGGCUGGCCUUGUUGAGGCUGUCCGCCAAUCUGGGGCGUUUGAUAUAGAGACGGGGACGUGAUGUCGAAAUCGGCUGGGUUGAAUGGUUGGCUGAUGUUGACUUCUGUCGCAUUACUUGGUAACCGUGGCCUUCCUUGCUGCUGUUGCUGUGAUGGCUGUUGUGCCUGUCCAGGCCCAGCGGUAGAGGUUGAAGUAGAAGUUUCGGCGGUGUUACCAGCAGCAGCAGUAGAUGAAGCAUUGUUCCCAGCAGUACCUUUCGUGUCCUUCUUGUUUUCCGCCACACUCUUCCCGCGCCGUCGCGCAAUCUUCUUGCCCCUCUGCCCGCCAGGCCCGUCGUCGGCCUUGCUAGGCGGACUCAGAC